AGCAAAAGUCUUGUGAUUCAAGUUUUAUUCAAAUUUCAUGAAAGGUUCGUUGCAGUGACGAGGAAGACAACUUUGCAGUUGCAGGCCGGUACCAUGGCGUUUUCUUGUUCUUUCUUUAUCGUAGGCACAGUGUUGAUUUCAUUGUUAGGGAGCUGUUCCCUAACAAAUGCAGCAAAACCGUCUUGCAUUGGGGACUCUGGAAAUAAGGUUGACUGGUUUAUAGCCUACAAAUUGCCACACAAGAUUUCCAACCCUUUGAAAGAUGGAUAUGGCUAUUUAUAUAUGGAUUCCAACUCUGCUGGCUUUUCUGUUUCAAAAUACUCUGCUAAAGAAGAGCAGAGUGCAAUGGGAUCAACAUUAUCGCCCGCAUACGAAAGCAAAAGUGACAUAGAAUCCAGUGGUGACUUGGCCUAUGUUAUGUACAAUGAUGAAAACCCGGAAGGUAAAGAGUUCUUCGAUUAUGGCCACAGCAAAGGUGACCUGGCAUUUACCAAAGAUGGUGGCUUUUGGCUAGUUCAUAGCGUGCCUAAAUAUUCGAACAAUGCCGAUGAAGGCUAUGAUUAUCCACAUAGUGGGACCUACUAUGGCCAAAUAUUCUUUUGCGUCAAUUUCAAUGCUUCUGAAAUUGACAAAAUAGGCCAGCAGUUGAGGUUUAAUGGUCCCCAUAUUCAUGACUUCAACUUGCCCCCUUCAUUAGCUCAGAUGUUUCCUAACAUCAGCUUGCUGGUAAAUAACAAAUUCAUUCUUGAAGAACCUUACAAUAUGUCAGCAAAGCUUGUAUCAAGUGCUGGGAAAAAACUGAUCCACUUUGCAAAAAACAAAAAUUUUGGUAAUGAUCUGUAUGGAGCGUUUGUGGCACCAAGUUUAAAAACAAGCAUGUUAGCAGAGACCUGGCAACAGGGAUCCGGGAAAACAGGUUCUUGGUGCAAGCCACCGUAUACGGUAGAAAAUAUCCUACGUAUUGAUAUAGAGACUGACACAGAUGAGUUUGAGUUUGUUAACUACGAAGACCAUUCGAAAUAUGUGCUUUCAAAGUCAGGGGAUGAUCCAGUGGUUUGUAUAGGAGAUAUCAAUAGAAUGGAGACGCAGUAUAAGAGGGGUGGCGGUACUCUGUGUACCAGAGACAGUCAUAUAUGGACUGUAUUUAAAAAGCUUGUUAAGCAGGUCGACUCGUGUAAUAAUUUACCUUAAACAAAUUGUGGCUGACUACAGAUACCCUUAUAAACUUUUUUCAUUCUUCAGUCGUGAAAUAAGCAAAUUUA